AUGAAUUCAAAUAUUUUAUCAGUGCCUUUGAAGCGGACCUUGCCGGUGUCGUUGGCAUCUUCGCUUCAGUCCUUCGUCUAUAACAAGUACGACCAGCAUCCAGAGCAGUUCCGUGACGACUUCAAGGAGCUCGAUGCACUGAGAUCUCGAUGUGUUGGCGUCAGCGUACGGGUGGAGUGUAUACAGGACUUUCAGAGAUACUACGCUCAACUAUGCUGGCUCACACGCAAAUUCCCUAUCGAUACUGGCAUCGAGCUUGCCUAUCAUUCAUCCUUCGACCAGGACGCAGCACCUGUGACGCACGAUAACCUCCAAUACGAGCGCGCAUGUACUCUUUUCAACCUUGCCGCCCUCUAUUCACUGCUUGGCUCGUCUGAGAACCGAACAUCUGGUGAUGGCCUCAAGCGUGCAUGUUCCUACUUCCAGUCCGCUGCUGGAACCUUCAAGCACCUUAGGGAUGAGGUGGUUCCACAUAUCAGGAUUAACGGCUCAUUAGGAGACCUCGAUGCUACUACUCUGACGGCGUUGGAGCAACUGAUGUUAGCUCAAGCACAAGAGUGCUUCUGGCAGAAAGCAGCUAUGGACAGGUUGAAGGACGGGUUGAUUGCCAAGUUGGCGGCACAGGUGUCUUACUUCUACGAGAAGGCCGAAGAGAGCAUUGAUACAUACAGCUCUAUACCACAGGAAUGGACCGCCCAUAUUGCAACGAAGAAGCUCCAUUUUGCCGCCGCGUCACAGUACCGUAGGGCCUGCGAAGCAUUGUCACAGUCGGCUUAUGGCGAGGAAGUAGCUCGUCUGAAGUUAGCGUUGGCAACCACCAAAACUGCCCUUGAGAACUCCCGUAUUCGACUCGUCCGACCAAGCGUCGUAGAUGACCUACGCAGUCUUCAGGGCAUUCUUCGGAAGAAUGCUGAACGUGCAGAGAAAGAUAAUGAUAUGAUUUACCUUCAGGUUGUACCUAAUACUGCAAGCUUGGCACCGAUCGCGAAAACGUGUAUGGUCAAGUCUGUUGUUAGCAAAGAAGUUGAUCAAGCCGUGGCCCUCCUUAUGAGAGGUGAUGAUCCAGUGCUAGGGCAUCCAUUGCUCAAGAAGCUUGUUCCCUUCGCAGUUCACCAAGCUGCAGACAUCUACGCCGAACGCAGGGAUCAUGUCAUCUACAAGGAAAUCGUCUCUGAGCUCGAGAAGAUCACUGUCAAGGGCAGCGCAGCCCUUCAAGAACUUGGACUUCCCGGUUCGUUGGAGGCACAGGAGACACCCAUGGGAUUGCCGCCUUCCUUGCUUGCAAGGGCUGAGGAGAUCAAGGCUGGUGGAGGUGUAGCCAGGAUCAAGGAGAUGAUCGCCGAUGUGCAAAAGCUGGCCAAGAACAAUACUGCCGUGUUCGAAGAGGCGCAUAAAACUAUCGCUGCGGAGGCGUCCGAGGAUGAACAGCUUCGGGCCAAGUAUGGUACGGCUCACUGGACAAGGCCUGCGAGCGCGUCUAUUGCUGGUCAUCUCUUCGAGCAAGGAGGACAGUAUUAUGCCAUCCUAGAAACCGCGGCUAAGAGUGACGAGGUCAUCCGCAAGAAGUUCGCUGACUGGGAGGAACUCAUCGGCAUCCUGGGCGGUGACAGCACGGAACUCCAGGAGUUCAUCCCUAACGUUCUCACUCAGCGCACGAGUGCUAAGUCUGAGCUUGCGGCGAAGAAGGUUCGGGAUAACCUCAAUGAGCUGGCGCGGCUCGAGCGUAGGCGUCGCGAACGUAUUGAGGACCUUAAACAUCGUGCUAGGAUCGAGGACGUUAGCCGUGCUAUCCUGGCUGAGGCAACGAGACUGGAGAGUGAGGACCCCAACGCUCGUCUCGAGCCAGCGCAGUUCGAGGACUUCUUCGAGCGUCGUCUUCGCCGGUAUGACGAUGCCCGUGCUCAGAUUCAGGAAGAUGAGUUGGAGCUAGAGAAUGUCCUUAAGCACGUCCGUACUGCCAACACGGAGUUCUUGCAGAGCAAGCAAUCGGACGCUACGACACAGGAAAGGGAGCAUGUCUUGCAGCAAUUCGAGACGGCAUAUCUGAAGUGGAGGGAAAUUGGCAUCAAUGUGGAAGAGGGGAGAAAGUUCUACAAUGACCUUGCGAAGGCGUUGAGUAAGUUUAGAGAUGAGUGUAAAGCGUUCGUGUAUGAGCGGAGAAGUCAAGCACGAGAACUUGAGAGUGACCUUUCGUCAUCUUCCGCCCCUUCAGCAUUCCGGGAUUUCGAGGUCCCUGAGGAGGCUUACGCAGAAGAGAUUGACCCAUCAAGCCUUCCUCCAGAGGACGACGAGGACGAAGAUUACGGGGAAGAGUCGUUCGAGGAGGAGCCUAUGGUUGCUGGACAGACGUAUCAGGUGCCGCUGAAUGAUGUUGUACGGACACCGUCGCCGGAGCCUGUACCUGAUGUUACGCCGGGACAAUGGCAUCCGGAGCAAGGAAUCAGGUUUGGGGGGUCACCGGCCCCAAGCAGGCCUGCCCAAGCAGCGCCGGUACCGGAGAUCAAGGUUACGAAGCCAAAAGCAGGAGUCUGGAACCCGAGUGCGGGUAUUGCAUUUGGCAAGUGA